AACAUAUAAUCAUCAAGACCGGGGUCUCUUGUCUCAUCCUUACCAACAUCCAAGCGCUCAAGAUACCUGUUUCAACUCUACAACACUAAAUAACGUCUCCCCAGCUAUUCUUCACUCUUAGAAACUUGCAAAAUGCACUACACGCCCCGUGAGGUCGAGAAGCUUCUCUUUUCCCAGGCGGGCCGUCUUGCACAGAGGCGUCUGGCCCAUGGAAAGAAGCUCAAUCAUCUCGAAUCUAGUGCUCUCAUCGCUACUGUUCUCCAAGAAAUCAUCCAUAACGAAGAUUACUCCGUCGCUGAUCUCAUGAAACUGGGAAAAGGCAUUUUGGGACGCCGGCAUGUCCAUCCUUCUGUCGUGGGUACGCUCAAGCAGAUGCAGGUCGAAGGAACCUUCAAGACGGGAACUCAUUUGAUUACUAUCCACAAUCCGAUCAGCACUGAUGAAGGUGACUUGAAGAUGGCUCUUUAUGGAAGCUUCCUUCCGAUUCCUACUUCGGACCUGUUUCCUGCUGUUAAUGAAGCAGACUUCCAUCCGUUGGCGAUGCCAGGCGCGAUCCGUCCGGCGGACACUGGGGACAUCGUUCUCAAUGCUGGCCGCAGCCGAGUGAGACUUACCGUCACGAACCAGGGUACUCGGGCAGUUCAUAUCGGCUCUCACUUUCACUUCAUGGAAACAAACCCCGAUCUCGACUUCGACCGCGGAAAGGCCUACGGCUAUCACCUCGAUCUUCCGGCUGGAGAGUUUCUGCGCUUUGAGCCGAAUGAACCGAAGACAGUGACUCUCGUUCAGGUUGGAGGUUCUAGGAUCAUCCAGGGCGGAAGUGGCUACACCAAAGGUCCUGUCGAUCCCACCAACGUUCAGAAGAUCUUACAGCAACUGCAACAGGCCGGGUAUCGACACUCGCUUGAGGGGUCAACAGAACAACAAACUGUCAAGCCUUGCUCAAUUAGUAGGGAGAAGUAUGCUUCUGCAUACGGACCCACGACAGGUGACUGUAUUCGUCUUGGCUCAACUGACCUCUGGGUCAAAGUCGAGAAAGAUUGUACGUCGUAUGGCGAUGAGUGCACAUUGGGUUGCGGCAAGACUAUUCGAGAUGGGAUGGGAGCUGCAAGUGGAUGCUCCGACGCGGACUGUCUUGACUUGGCUAUCAUCAACGCUGUUAUCAUUGAUUGGACGGGCAUCUUCAAGGGCGACAUUGGCGUCAAGGAUGGUGCUAUUGUCGGCAUUGGAAAGGCUGGUAACCCAGCUACGAUGGAUGGUGUCUCUGAUAACAUGGUUAUUGGGUCAAACACCGACAUCAUUGACGCUGGAGGUAAGAUUGUCACUGCUGGUGGAAUCGAUACUCAUGUCCACAAUAUCUGCCCCCAGCAGGCAUUUGAGGCCAUCUCCUCCGGUAUCACGACGCUCUUUGGAGGAGGUACUGGCCCAAGCACCUCAUCUACAGCAGUCAAUGGCACUGCUAGCAAGAAGUACAUCCGACAAAUGAUGCAAGCAUGCGAUCAACUUCCCCUCAACUUUGGCCUCGUCGGAAAGGGCAGCGACUCCGAAAGGGUCGGUCUUUUCGAUCAGAUCAAAGCUGGCGUCAUCGCACUGAAGCUGCACGAGGACUUUGGCUGUACGCCUUCAACAAUCGACAACUGCCUGAAUGUCUGCGAAGAGCAAGACAUUCAAUGCCAUAUACACACCGACGGCCUCAACGAAGCAGGCUUCCUCGAACACACCGCAGCAAUCUUUAAAGGGCGUAGCAUUCACGUGUACCAUGUUGAAGGUGCAGGCGGUGGUCAUGCACCAGACGUGAUCAAACUAGUCGCGUAUCCCAACGUCCUCCCGAGCAGCACGACUCCCACGAUGCCUUUUACGACGAAUACUAUCGACGAGCACAUCGACAUGGCUGCCAACUGCCAUCGCCUGUCGAAGGAUAACCCCGACGAUGCCUCGUUCCUGAAGAACCGAAUCAGGGAAGAGACAAUUUCAGCUGAGGAUAUUCUCCAUGAUAUUGGAGCGAUUAGCAUCAUGUCAUCAGACUCUCAAGCUAUGGGCCGAUCAGCCGAGGUGCUGACGUGCACUUGGAAAGCAGCGCACAAGAACAAGGUCCAACGCGGACCGCUGGAUGAGGACAAGGAUACUGGCGCGGACAACUUCCGCGUCAAACGGUUCAUCAGCAAGUAUACCAUCAAUCCUGCGAUCACGCAAGGAAUCAGCCAUGCUGUUGGUAGUAUUGAAGCUGGUAAACUGGCGGACUUGGUGAUUUGGGACCCAGCUGAGUUUGGAACGAAGCCAUUCCAGGUUUUGAAGAAGGGCUUUAUUACCUAUGCACAGAUGGGUGACCCCAACGGAGCUGUCGCAGAUGUCGAACCUUUGAUCAGCCGACCCAUGUAUGGAGCUCUACAUCCCGAGUCGAGCGUCAUGUUUGUAUCCCAAGCAAGCAUCGCACAAGAUGGUGACGUCCACUCGUAUAAUCUUAAGAAACAGAUUGAGGUUGUCAAGAACUGCCGAACGGUAAAGAAGGGCGAUCUGAAGUACAACAGUGCUACGCCAAAGGUUGAUGUAGGCCCUGAGACUCUGGUUGUUACUUGCGAUGGAAAGGAACUCAGGUCCGAGCCGGCGAGCUCUCUUCCUCUGACGAGACAAUCCCAUAAUACCUGCCCCAUUAAUUCUAUAUGCCGAACUUCAAGUCUCGAUAUGGAUAACAGCGAGGUAGAUGACAGCGGUGCUCAUAACGAACCUGGCACACGCACCUAUCGACUCCAUAACAGACGUCGGCCUUGUGACCAAUGUCGAGCCCGCAAGGUUCGGUGUCAAAUAGAGAAUGACAGACCGCCGUGUCAGCGGUGCGCGCAAACAGAAACUGCGUGUACUUUCGUAGGACGAUCAAGACGUACGACACGACAGAACAGAACUCGAUCUGUGUCCAGUAGCGCUCAUUCACCAGCUGUCAAUCAUGUCCCCCAUGAUAACACAUUUGAUCUUGACAACUCCUUCGAGACGGGAGAUAUACCAGCUCAACACGCUUCCUCUCAAGGACCGACCAUCUUCGCAGCAACUCCCCCCGUCUUAUCUCACCAAAGCCAGGUGCCGUAUCAUCAAGCAUCAGCCCUUGGCAGUGUGGCCGCUACAACCCAGUUGCAGUUCUCCAAGUCCCUCGACGACAUCAACGGGCAAACCUCCAUUCUCCUGGGAGCUUCCUCUGAAUCUGAUCCGUGGUUGCUCCGCCACUGUCAGUUCGAUGAAUAUGGGCUCAGAAGCUUCUAUGGCCUGCAGUUUCGUAACAUCGGUGGAGUUCCUAACAGGCAGAAGAUUCCCGUGCACUUCAUCGUGAGACAAGACGAGACGGAUAUGGUAGACGCAUCGCUAAGAGUCAGACUGAAUGAGCUCAUACCUGUGUCAUGGGGCCUGAGGCUCAUCAGACUCGAUUUAUAUCCCGCGCCCAGUGUAUUUGAUCACGUCCCUUGCCACUUGCUCGGCGCCAUGUACGGCCUUGCAAUACCCUUCGCUAGAAACGACGAUCAUCUCUCCAUCGUCGACAUGUACAACCAACUUCCUCUCGAAGUUGUAUGGCGUCUCGUCCACGAAAGCCUGCAAGUAGAAAUCCGACAUCCUCAAUUGUCUGUCUUGCAAGCAGGCCUUUUCUAUCUACACGGGACAGGUCAGGACCACCGACCGCUUUCCACAGCGCCGGAUGCGUUCAAGUGGUCAUGGCUUGGCAGUCUUGUAGGCAUGGCUCAUAAUCUAGGCCUACAUCUCGAGACUCGAAUGUGUGCCAUUCCGACUGAAGAGAAGCAACUGCGCGCCCGGCUCUGGUGGGCGUUGUAUACUGAGGACAAGUGGGUAUCGCUUCUAAUGGGUAGACCUCCCUACAUAUCCGAGGAUGAAUGGGACGUCUCCCCGCUGGAGGAAUCAGAUUUCAGCGUUCCGAUCAGUGUUCCCUUUGCGGAUAUUACCCAUGCUGAACUGACACGACCAUUUCGCGAUAUGUCCCGCCUGUCGGCAAUUACAAGCUUGGUACAGUCGUCCUUCUAUUCGUUAAAAGCUUCUCAAAAGCUCUCCGAGAACCUGUCACUCUCCAUUCAAAUAGCACAGCCCAUCUUUGAGCAGUUGAGCUUAUGGCGUGCUUCAGUCUUGGCCCCGGAGUCACCAACAAUAACAAGUAACAAUGGCAUGCUCAACGACAAGGCAUCGUAUCCCGCAGCCAUACUCGUGGCGCAUGCAACACUGGUUACAUAUGUAUGGAGAGCGCUCCUACGACCCAUCGUGCCAUCAGCUAUACCGCCGCUUAUCGUCGAUGAUCAGCAGCUUGCAGAAGCGUCUCUGUAUAUGGAGCUUCAACCGCAUGAUAUCGAGAACCUUUGCUGGGAUCUACCAGAUCUAUCGCAUCUCGAGUUACCACUGAGAAGCACCGUCGAUGGUACGAGCUCACAUGAUGCAGUCACUCAGAACCUUCAUCAGUCCUCCCUGGCCUGGGCUACGAGCCUGUCAAGUCUCGUCAAAAACCUCUCUCCCGCUCGUUUCCAUGAGUUUUGGUAUUCUUGUGAGUGA